CUGGAGAACUUAUCCCAUUCCUCACUUCCCUCAUCAACUCAUCUCUGACCACUGGCUUCAUCCCCUCUGACUUCAAAAUGUCCCAAGUCGCUCCUCUCCUCAAGAAACCAACACUCGACUCAUCUGACAUCACAAACUAUAGACCUGUAUCCCUUCUUUCUUUUCUUUCCAAAACACUUGCUGUCUAUGAUCAACUUUCUCGUUAUCUCUCUCAGAACAAUCUUCUUGACCCUAACUAUCAGGCUUCAAGAUGGGUGACUCAUCCGAGACUGCUCUUCUCUGUGUCAUGAAGGCUCUCCGCACUACCAAAGCUGACUUUUUCUCUUCUGUUCUGACCCUCCUAGAUCUCUCCGCUGCCUUCGACACUGUGAACCAUCAGAUCCUCCUCCCUCUCACGGCUGGGUGCUUUAGGCUCUGCACACUCUUACAUUGCAUCCUACAUUUCAUCCUACCUGGCAGACCGCUCCUAGUUCAACUACUGUUCUCCUUCCCCCCUUCUGACACCCAAGUGGGGACACACAUCUCUGCAUGCCUGGAGGAUAUCUCAACUUGGAUGUUGGCCCACCACCUCAAGCUCAACCUCGACAAGAGGGAGCUGCUCUUCCUCCCCGGGGAAGGCCUACCCGCUCAAAGACCUCUCUAUCACGGUUGACAACUCCACAGUGCCACCCUCCCAGAGUGCAAAGAAUCUUUGUGUGAUCCUGGACAAGACCCUGUCGUUCUCUGCAAACAUCAAAGCAGUGACUCACUCCUGCAGGUUUAUGCUCUACAACAUCCGUGAGCACGACCCUACCUCACACAGGAAGCGGCGCAGAUCCUAUUCCAAACACUUGUCCUUUCCCAUCUGGACUACUGCAACUCGCUGUUGGCUGGGCUCCACGCUUGUGCCAUCAAACCCAUGCAACUUAUUCAGAACGCUACAGCCCACUAUGCUUACACCCCAACCCGAGCACUCCGUUCUGCCACCUCAGGUCUCUUGGCCCUCCCACCCCUACAGGAGGGCAGCUCCCACUCAGUCCAGUCCAAGCUCUUCUCUGUCCUGGCACCCCAAUGGUGGAACCAGCUUCCCCUUGAAGCUAUGACAGCAAAGUCCCUGCCCAUCUUCUGAAAACAUCUGAAACCCUUCCUCUUCAAACAAUAUCUAAUAUAAUCCUCCUCCUCACCUCGAGGAAAACCUCAACCAGCACUUGCACUUGACCCCCCUCUACUGAUAGCUACUUUAUUUAUGACAUUUUUUACUUUCUAUCCCUGUGAUAUGUGGUUGUCAUCUUAAGAUGAAUGCACUAACUGUAAAAUGAGCGACCGUUAAAUUACUGAAAUGUAAAUGUAAAUGUUCUACUACUGCGGUGAGGGCAUUUGUGUCCAAACAACUACAGUCUGGGAAUUGCAAAAGAUAUGGCCACUUGUCAAAUGUUUGCAGAUGGAAGAAGUAUGUUAUUGAAUAAACUGUGAAUAUAAAAUGUUGCAACUGUGGUGGGGAUCAUACUCCGGACUUCCUUGAGUGCCCUGUUAGGGUGAAAGAGGUUGAGGUGUAAAAGAUCAGGGAUGCACAGCAGAUCCCCUAUAUGGAGGUGGUGAAGGGAGUCAAAGGGUCAAGAGGCCACAGUGAUGAAGAAGAUAUGAAGAUGGAUGCACCAUGAUCUGGAUACACUCAUUGUGAAGAAGGUGGAUUUUGUAGCAUUUAUAGCCACAGUUAUUAAUUGUACUGCACAAGUGUCCAAGAAUUCCAAGAAGUUGGGCAUCACUAUAUCUGUAGCCGAUACGUUUUUGGGGCUCCAAGACUUUUUCACUACAAGGUCUACUGUCGCCAGAAAACAUCCCGCCCUCACAGGAUCCUUCUAAGCCUGCCUAGGGAUCUGAUUAGAAUUUAGUAUUUUAACAGAAAAGAAGGUUGAUUUUGUUUAGUUAAGAUGUAUUUUUGAUAGUUUGUAUGAAUAUUUUUUACGCUGCAUACAUUUUUUAUUUUUGGGAUCUUUAUCAUCCACCCGCACAUUAGGUGGCGGAACGCACAUCAUUAUACCAGAGAAGAAGAAGAGGGUGGCUUUGUCGUCACAUCCAGUUUCUAAAAACUCUAGAACGUUACAGUCUUUGACUACGGUAUGUUCGAGUGCUUUUCUUCUGUGUAUAUGACACGGCAUAUAAAGCUACAGUCAUUAAUAUGACAGCGCAUUGCAAACGAUUUUGGUAUGUGGCGCCAGCAGUUGCCUGAUCUCAAUGACUAUCUACAAUUUACACCUUCCGAGCAAGUCUGGUCAUCGAAAUUUAGCUAAUAAAAGAAAAACAUUUCAGACCUCUCGUCCGUGCCAGCGUUUGCCACCAUUGCAUUGGCUAGCAACAGUCUGUUCUGGUGCUUUCCAUCACAGAUUCCCCAGUCACAGAUGGCCCAAGUGUACACAACUUGAUAUCAGGACUUCUUUGCCACAACGGACUGUAAUCCUGUUGACCUGGUCCACACCAGGAGUGGGGCUAGAGGGGAGCGUUGGCAAUGCUGUGUUGGGGAAAUGCUUCCUUCGGUCAGCUAGGUUUGGGCGGGAUUGAUGAGGAGAUUGUGGUGGAGCCCCGGAAAUGUGAUUUCUUUCAUGGGAAGCAGGUGUGCGAUAUCGGAUGUGGCCGACGGCACACCACAUUUCUACUGGGAGACGGGACUGUGUACACCUGUGGCUGCAAUGACAUUGGGCAGCUGGGGCACGAGAAGUCUCGAAAGAAACCAGAGCAGGUUGUGGCACUAGAUGCACAGAACAUUGUGGCAGUGUCAUGUGGGGAGGCCCAUACACUCGCACUGAAUGACAAAGGACAAGUGUUUGCAUGGGGCUUGGCCACAGAUGGACAGCUGGGCCUUAUAAACUUUGAAGAUUGUGUACGUGUGCCCAGAAACAUCAAGAGUUUAUCAGAUGUAGAAAUUGCUCAGGUAGCCUGUGGAUAUCGGCACUCCCAUGCUCUGUCUAGAGGAGGCCAAGUCUAUUCAUGGGGACAAAACCGAUACGGACAACUAGGGCUGGGAGUAGCUGGACAAGGCAUCUCUACUCCCCAAGUCAUCCAGUCUUUACAGGGGAUUCCCUUCAUCCAGAUCUCAGCAGGGGGUGCUCACAGCUUUGCCCUCACAUUCUCAGGGGCCGUCUUUGGCUGGGGGCGCAACAAGUUUGGGCAACUCGGCCUCAAUGACAACAAUGAUCGGUAUUAUCCAGCCCUGCUCAAGUCCCUCAGGUCACAGAGGGUUAUCUACAUCUGCUGUGGGGAGGACCACACUGCCGCACUUACAAAGGAAGGAGGUGUGUUUACAUUUGGAGCAGGAGGGUAUGGCCAGCUUGGACAUAACACUACAAACCAUGAGAUCAACCCCAGGAAGGUGUUUGAGCUCAUGGGAAAUGUAGUCACACAGAUAUCCUGUGGAAGACAGCACACUCUGGCUUUCAUCCCCUCCUCUGGAAAGAUGGAUUCAUUUGGGCUGGGAGGGAACGGGCAGCUCGGUACACGCUCCACAUCCAACAGGAACAGCCCUGCCCCAGUCAAAGGCCCCUGGGUGGCCUACAACGGCCCGACGCCCACAAACACAGACAUGGAGCAGGGCUGCUGUGUUAAGAGGAUCUAUGCUGGAGGGGACCAGAGCUUUGCCCACUAUUACACGCCCCAGAACCCUCUGGUGCCUGACGACAUCAGAAUACCAGAUCCCAGAAGACACAUAUGCACCUUAUCUGCUGAACUCACUCAGAGAUGGCUGAACCAUUAUACACACGGAAGACUCCCACAAGAGAUUUCCAACGAGAUUGAUCUGGUGUUUUCCUCUGCAAGUUGCCUCAAUGGAAGCUUUCUGGCUGGGAGCCAUCCAGAUCACUACAACACAAGCAGUAAAUGCUCAGGGGUGGACGUGAACAUGGCUCGCCUCUUGUUUCACAGAGUCGUUCAACAUGACUAUCCAGAAAUUGCACAGCAGAUUGCAGCCAGUCUGGAAAAGAACCUGAUUCCCAGACUAAGCAGCUCCCCUCCAGACAUCGAGGCGCUGAGACUCUACCUCACCCUGCCAGAGUGUCCUCUCUUCAGCGACCAAAACACAUACGUGACUCUGGCCAUCCCUUUUGCCAAGGCACUCAUCAGUCUGAAAGAGGCUCCACUGAAGGUGCUUGGUAACUGGUGGUCCCAAUUCGAAGCCCCAGUCUUCCAGAGGCUAGUGGAGCUGUAUAAGGUGGUGGUGGUGUACCUGCUGAAGAUGCACAAGGUGGGAGUCCCCCACUCAGAGCAGAGGGUCUUCACCUGCUUCCUGGACACGGCACUCAAGCUCCUGGAGAUCCUACACGCUGUGAACGAACGAGCCGGACAUAUUAUACAGUACGACAAAUUCUACAUUCACGAGUUGGAUGACCUGAUAGACAUCCGAAACGACUACAUCACAUGGAUUCAACAGCAGAUGUACUCUAUGGCUCAUGACAGUGCGGUCACCCUCUGUAAGUACCCCUUCGUGUUUGAUGCCCAGGCAAAGACCACCCUGCUUCAGACUGAUGCUGUUAUUCAAAUGCAGAUGGCAGUGGAUCAGGCGCAGCGGCAGAACUUCAGCUCCAUGUUCCUUCCCGUGGUGGAGUCUGUUAACCCCUGCCUCAUCCUCAUUGUGAGGAGGGAGAACAUCGUCGGGGACACCAUGGAGGUCCUCAGGAAGUCCAAGAACGUCGACUACAAGAAACCUCUGAAGGUGAUCUUUGUUGGAGAAGAGGCGGUUGAUGCAGGGGGUGUGCGGAAGGAGUUCUUCCUUCUCAUCAUGAGAGAGCUUCUGGACCCCAAAUACGGCAUGUUCCGAUACUACGAGGAGUCCAGGCUGAUCUGGUUUGCAAACAAGACGUUUGAGGACAUUGACCUGUUCCACCUCAUCGGGGUCAUCUGUGGGCUGGCCAUCUACAACCUCACCAUCGUGGACCUCCACUUCCCAGUGGCCCUGUACAAGAAGCUGCUGAAGAGGAACCCCACGUUGGAUGAUCUUAAGGAGCUGAUGCCUGAUGUGGGGAGGAGUCUGCAGCAGUUACUAGACUACACAGAGGAUGAUGUUGAAGACACAUUCUGCUUGAACUUCACAGUUACAGUGGAAAACUUUGGCGCCACAGAGGUCUUGGAACUGGUUCCAAAUGGCAUGGAUAUCUGUGUUGACAACUCAAACAGGCCUGAGUUUGUCUCUGCAUACGUGGACUACAUCUUCAAUAAAUCAGUGGCCGCGCUUUUCGAGUCCUUUUUCGCAGGCUUCCACAAAGUGUGUGGUGGCAAAGUCCUGGAGCUGUUCCAGCCCAACGAACUGCAGGCCAUGGUCAUUGGCAACACCAACUACGAUUGGAAAGAGCUUGAAAAGAGCACUGAGUAUAAAGGAGAGUAUUGGGCUGAAAAUCCAACCAUCAAGUUCUUCUGGGAGGUGUUCCACGAUCUCUCUUUGGAGAAGAAGAAGCUCUUUCUCUUGUUUCUCACAGGAAGUGACCGCAUUCCCAUCCUGGGCAUGAAAAGCCUGAAGCUGGUGAUCCAACCCACGGGAGGCGGGGAACACUACCUGCCCGUUGCACACACCUGCUUCAACCUAUUGGACCUGCCCAAAUACAGCAGCCGGGAGACGCUCCAAAACAAGCUUCUCCAAGCCAUAGAUCACAAUCAAGGUUUCAACCUGGCCUAACGAAUGGCACACAGACAAUGCCUAGCUCCACCCAGACUGUCACAUGCACACGUCUUUGCCCCGUCAACUGACUCGAUUCGUGCUUUAAGACUGCAGCACUGUCACCGGCGUGAAAUGGAACAGACUAAGCAGCGUUUGCAGGUGGGCAAAUGGUUAUGCAAGAGGCUUGAGGGCUUUCUAUUUCAAGGCCAAUCUUUGCUUUGAUAUUUCAGCAUUUACAAUUUCACACAUCACAAUAUUGAAGACCCAGUUGAGUUCAAAUUCAAUUCAUAUUGUUUGAUAUUUCUCUUGUAGAUUAGCUUUUACCUGUGUUUGGAUAUAAACCUGUCUAAAUAGGCCAAAGUUCUGGUAUAAAAUCUUUGAGCUCAGCUGGCACAAGAUAGCACUUGUUCAUGAAUUAAAUGAAUCUUCUACUUUGGCAAUUUCUACCAUGAAUAGAAAUUAAUCUACCAUGGUAGAAACAUGGUAUGAAUGUGAGCAUUUGAUGUUGCGUGGAUGUUCUUGGCUGUAAGCCUUAACUAGACAAAUAAAAAAUAAAACAUUACAGCCAUUGGUAUUGUGUGUAUGACCAAGUGUGAAUAUGAAUUUUGGCUUCAACUGUUAGAAUGCUGCUCUAAAUAAAACAUUGCAUUUUUGUGGAUAUUAUAGGCUAGUACCAACAUGAGUUUUGUUUUAUCAAUUUAAUUCCUCUAAAAUGUGUAUUGCGAUAACACUUCGGUGCUUUAUAAUUACUUCCCUAACAUUACACUAAACUGUAGAUAACGCUCAUGUUAUACAUCACUUAAUGGAUUUCUAUUCCAUGUGUAUGUGGCAUUGGGGAAAGUAUGAUUGAAUGUAUACUGAAAAAUAACAUGUAAGGUGUUGGUCCCAUGUUUCAUGAGCUGAAAUAAAAUAUCCCAGAAAUUUUC